GCAGAGAAGCUAACAAGCUAACCUCAGGCUCAACGGUGAAAAACACCAGGAGCCGUUGACUCAACAAGACUCCUCCACGGCUGCUCUGAGACGCUCGAUCUAACAUGGGGAAAGGUGGCGGUACAUUUGAGAGGCUACUGGAUAAAGCCACCAGUCAGCUGCUGCUGGAGACUGACUGGGAAUCCAUCCUGCAGAUCUGUGAUCUCAUCCGACAAGGAGACGCUCAAGCUAAAUAUGCCAUUGGGGCCAUCAAGAAGAAGCUGAAUGACAAAAACCCACAUGUGGCCCUUUAUGCACUGGAGGUCCUGGAGUCAGUGGUGAAGAACUGUGGCCAGACGGUCCACGAUGAGGUGGCGAGUAAACAAACGAUGGAGGAACUGAAGGAUUUACUCAAGAAGCAGACAGAACCAAACGUCAGAAACAAGAUCCUUUACCUGAUCCAGGCCUGGGCUCACGCUUUCCGCAACGAACCCAAAUAUAAGGUGGUUCAAGACACCUAUCAGAUCAUGAAAGUGGAAGGUCAUGUGUUCCCUGAGUUUAAGGAGAGUGAUGCAAUGUUUGCAGCUGAGAGGGCUCCAGACUGGGUUGAUGCUGAGGAGUGCCACCGGUGCAGAGUCCAGUUUGGAGUGAUGACCAGAAAGCACCAUUGUCGAGCCUGUGGCCAGAUUUUCUGUGGGAAGUGUUCGUCUAAGUACUCGACCAUUCCCAAGUUUGGCAUAGAGAAGGAAGUGCGUGUGUGCGAGCCGUGCUUCGAGCUGCUUAACAACCACCCCUCCCUGUCUCCUCCCCUCAGGAAAGCUGAAGGUAAAGCUCCUGCUUCAGGCCCCGCCGAGCUGCCUCCGGAGUACCUGACCAGCCCGCUGUCCCAACAGUCACAGACGAAAGGUGAUAGUUCACCAACCCAUUCUCACCAGAUGCCCCCAAAGAGAGACGAGGCAGCGCUGCAAGAGGAGGAGGAGCUUCAGCUGGCCAUCGCUCUGUCUCAAAGCGAGGCCGAGGAGAAGGAGAGGAUGAGACAUAAGAACUCCUACUCAAUGUAUCCCAAAGCUGAUCCCACUCCGGUGACUUCCUCAGCACCACCUGUCAGCACCCUCUACACCUCCCCUGUGAACUCCUCUGCUCCAUCAGCUGAAGAUGUCGACCCUGAGCUGGCUCGUUACCUGAACAGAACAUACUGGGAGAAGAAGCAGGAAGAGGCUCGCAAGAGUCCCACCCCCUCCGCCCCUGCUCCAGUGCCAAUGGCUGAGCCUCUUCCUGCGAUCACUCAGCCUGUAGAAACUCACGUCCCGGUUCAGCCAGUCAACAUUGUGGAGCAGCAAUACCAGAACGGGGAGUCAGAGGAGAACCACGAACAGUUCCUGAAGGCUCUACAGAAUGCCGUCACCACCUUCCUCAACCGUGUGAAGAGCAACCACAUGCGUGGGCGCAGCAUCACCAACGACAGCGCCGUGCUCUCACUCUUCCAGUCCAUCAACAACAUGCAUCCACAGCUGCUGGACAUCCUCAACCAGCUAGAUGAGAAGCGAUUGUACUACGAGGGGCUGCAGGACAAACUGGCUCAGGUCCGAGAUGCUCGGGCGGCCCUCAACGCCCUCCGGGAUGAACACAGAGAGAAGCUGCGUCGUGCUGCAGAGGAAGCAGAGAGACAGAGGCAGAUCCAGCUGGCACAAAAACUGGAGAUCAUGAGGCAGAAGAAGCAGGAGUACCUGGAGAUGCAAAGACAGCUGGCCAUCCAGCGCCUCCAGGAGCAGGAGAAGGAGAGGCAGAUGCGUCUGGAGCAGCAGAAGCACACGAUCCAGAUGAGAGCCCAAAUGCCUGCUUUCUCUCUGCCCUACGCCCAGAUGCAGUCUUUGCCGCCCAAUGUGGCAGGAGGGGUGGUGUACCAGCCCGGAGCUCCACCCAGCUACCCGGGCACCUUCAGCCCCGCUGGUUCUGUGGAGGGUUCACCUAUGCACAACAUCUAUAUGAACCAGCCUGGGCAGUCGGCACCACCACAGUACCAAGCCAUGCCCGGUCCUGCCACAGAUCCAAAUAUGCACAAUGCGUACAUGUACCAACCUGCAGGCACCAAUGGGCAGCCUGCUCCGCCUCCUGGUCAGGCUCCACCCACUACUAGUCCACCCUACUCCAACUAUCAACCUACACCCACACAGGGCUACCAGAAUGUGGCCUCUCAGGCCCAGAGUAUGCCCCCCAUGUCCCAGCCUGCCCCCACUAACGGUAUGGGUUACAUGGGCUACCAGCCGUACGGCAUGCAGAAUAUGAUUUCGGCAUUGCCAGGACAGGACCCCAGUAUGCCCCAACAACAGCCCUACAUGCCAGGCCAGCAGCCCAUGUACCAACAGGUGGCUCCUCCUGGUGGUCAGCAGCAGCAGCAGCAGCAGCAGCAGCAGGCCCCUCAGGCUGUGCCCGGCAGCGCAGAGGCACAGCUCAUCUCCUUCGACUGAGAGCCCACAUGCUGCAGCGUCUGACACACUACACCCUCUCUCUCUCUCCUCCUUUUUGGUCUCCCCCUCCUCCCACCCCCACACUCUCUGGACUCUGAGGACACCCUCUGGAAACACACACAAACACCUCCCACCUCGCUGUGAUGUUGUGGCAAUGUAAAAUAUUGUGAUGAUGUUGCAGAACUGUCGCUCUCUCUGCCUCUCCCCCUCACUGAAGAACAGGGAUGAUGCUGCAAGAGAGCACCAUAACCCACACCCUCCUCAUCUUCCUCCUCCUCCUCCUCCUGCUGCUCCUCCUCCUCCUUCCUCUCCCUCUUUCCAGCUGAUAUGUAUGUAGUAUUUCCUUAUUAAAUGAAUAACUGAAGCUCAGAAAUAGUCAGUGGUAUUAAAGUUACAAAUGAAUAAGAACAUAUAAUGAUUGAGGAGAAAAAAAAAGACAAGACAUAACCAUCCUUUGUCUCUUAUUUUUCUAAAGCAAAAUUUGCAUGUUAAAUUCAGAUUAUUUUCCUUAAACGGAAGUGAAUUAUUGCAACCUGUCAUCUGUACGUGCUGGUGCUGUUAAAGAAGUGGUGGGUGUCUGGGGACAAAGUUUAGUCAGAGGCCUGAAAUAAACUCCCAACAACUCACAUCUCCGUCAGGUUCACAUCCUGCCGUUCCAGCUGUAGUUUUCAGUUCCAUCCCCUCUCACGCACACACAAACGAGGGCGUCUUGUUUUGGCUGUUAUUUGUUGUGCACUGCUCGGAGUAUAGUGUGUCUUUAAAUGUAGUUUCUUACAUGAUGAAGCACAUCGCAGGGAUUGUACGUUGUGGGAGUGAGUGUUGGGAAACUAGCAGGGUGGUUUUUAAAGUCCUCACUUAAUAUACUUUUAUAGUUUAAAUCAUUGGAAUUACAGAACUAGUAACCAUGAAAAAUACCUACUAAAGCAGUACAACAACUCUAAUAGCAUCCUGCAUUUCUUUUAUUACGAUGAUUGUGUUGCUGAUCGCAAGACAGGACUGACAGAAGCAUAAAACCGUAACAUAUAAUAAACUGCAAGCAGCCUCCAGGCGUUCCACCCUGUGUGCUUUUAGUUCUGUCACAUAUAAAGUUAUAAACAUCGUGAUUUCUGGGUGAGCGGGCUUUUUUUUAAAAGUGUACUUGGCUCGCCGGAAACGUUGAAUUGCUUGCAGAGCGAACAUGACGCGGCGCAUGUAUGUAUCACACACCCCAAUCAGUGGUUUCUGUAAACCUUCAGUUGCUCUUUGUGAACUUCUUUAUUCCAUCGAACUGAUCUGUCUGACUUUAAAAGUAAUUUUGAGAUUAUAUUUAAUAAAUAUCUGGUUCUUAUUGUC